GGUAAACGUCACCUAAGUAUGGAGUCGACCACAUUUAAUCAUUCUUCACUUAAUUAGUUAUGCUGCAUUAGUUCACCUGAUUGCCACUUACCCAUGAUUAACAACUGCCAGCUACUCUUUAUUCCCUUCAUAAUCAAGAAACGACACCGUUCUUAAUCUUACUUCACCCACCUUCCUUUUUCAUUAUUUUCCGUGACCAUCUCCCCUUCCACUUUAAAAAGCCAUAACUACUCAUUGCCAGAUCACCACCACCGGCAAUGCUGCCAUUAUUUCCGGCACCACCACAUUAAAUCUCCAUCUCCGCCGUGAAGUAAGCAAAAAUGGCGCAGAAUAUGAAGCUGAAGGUGCUAAAUCUAAUAACAAAACUCUCCGACCGAGACACGUAUAAUCUCGCCGCGACGGAGCUGGAAACAAUCGCUAAAACCCUAGAUAACAGUACAAUUCCAUUGUUUCUCAACUGUUUACUCUCAACCGACACUAAUGAUAAGCCGUUAGUACGGAGACAGUGUCUCCGUUUAAUCUCUACGCUCUCUCACCACCAUACGAACUCUCUGUCUCCGUCGUUACCUAAAAUAUUAUCCUAUAUCACGCGCCGCCUGCGUGACCAUGACUCGUCAAUCCGGACGCAAUGCGUGACGACGGUGUCAUCACUGGCGUCCAAUAUUACGAAACUGCCAUUCUCCGUUUCGUUUCUGAAACCGUUGAUUGAAGCGGUUUUCACGGAGCAGGAAGUGAACGCGCAGGUCGGAUCAGCUUUGUGUUUGGCGGCUGCGAUAAACUCGGCGCCGGAUCCGGACGCGGGAAAGUUAGGGAAGGCGGUGGUGGUGAAGAUGGAGAGGGUGUUGAAGAGCGAGGGGUAUAAAGGGAAAAGUGCGGGGUUGGUGGUGAUUGGGAGUGUGAUUGGGGUCGGUGGAGUGAGAGGUUAUGGAGGGUUGAGUGGGUUGGUUAAGAGUUUGGUUGGGUUUUUGAGUGGUGAUGAUUGGGCUGCUAGAAAAGCUGCUGCUGAAGCUCUUGAGAGAUUGGCUGUCGUGGAGAGGGAUGAUUUGGCUGAGUUUAAAUCUUCGUGUUUGAAAGUUUUUGAGACUCGGAAAUUUGAUAAGGUUAAAGCGGCUAGGGAGGCUAUGCAUCAGAUGAUUGAAGCUUGGAAGCAGGUUCCAGAUGUUUCGGAUGAUGUUUCUCCUCCUCCAAGAUCUAUGGCUUCUUCUAAAGAGAAUGCGAGUGAUGGGCGAUAUCCAGUUAGUUCGAAAAAUUCUUGUGCUGCUGGUUUUGAAACGCCUCAAACGAAGAAGAAGCCUGGUUUAGGUAGCCGGGCCACUCCUUCAGACAAUUCACCAGCCACCGCAUUUACGAGGAGGAGAGGUUCUUCGAAAAAUGCUGAAAAGAAAACGGGUACCUCAUUGUUUCAAAAAGCAGACUGCAGGAAGCCCUUGGAUUGGAAGGUUGAUGUUGCGGUUUCUAAUAAUAGUACUUCCUCAGCUGGGUUUGGUGACAAUGAGAACGCCCCAGAAAGAAGGUCUGUAAAGCCAGAAACAAGGAGGGGCCUUUUUGGUAAGAACUGUGAUGAGAAGACACUGAAAUUUAGUGGCUGCAAGUCUGGAUCUCGUGUGGUUCCUUAUAAUGAGGAGCCUCCUAUGUCAACUGCUGUAGCCAGUAAUGCUACUGAAAAUCACCACAACAAUCACAAGGAGUGUGAGGAUUUGUCUUCAAUCCGCGACCAGCUUGUUCAGAUUGAAAGACAGCAAUCUAGCCUACUAGAUCUCCUGCAGAGAUUUAUGGGGAGCUCACAGAACGGAAUGCGUUCUCUGGAGACACGAGUUCAUGGUCUAGAGUUGGCGCUUGAUGAGAUCUCAUAUGACUUGGCUGUAACAAGCGGAAGAAUGACUAACUCCAGUAGAACUACAUGUUGUUUGCUGCCCGGUGCAGAUUUUUUGACCUCCAAGUUCUGGAGAAAAACAGAAGGCCGCUACUCAACCUCAAGAAUCUCCUCUGGUGCCACUUCAUCCCUAGCUACCAUGCGUCGCGGAGCUGAUAAGAGUGACAAUUUUGAGAUGCUUAACUUGGAAAGCCGUAGAUUACGACUUCAGUUGAAUCCUUUAGCAGAGAUUCAUGAAUCACAAGGAAGAUGUUAGAAGGACUACAACGCUGGCUGCAGAAUAAGCAGAUACACUUCAUAACUUGGACAGUCCAAGUUAUUUGGCCUGAAAUGUUGUUGUACUGUUAUGAGAACGAUGACUAAGAGAGCAUCGGAGAGUGCAUUGAAUCCUUGGAGGCCUCGUAUUGCAAUUCAUACAAUGCAUGGACUCAUGGGGCGACUAGAUACGGAAUUGAGCAUAUCAUACUCUUUUAGAAAAAUAGAAUUGAAAAGUGAAGGGUGAAUUUUCAUUUAGCGUAGCAUUCUUUCUCUUUUGUUUCAAAUAUUUUGUAUUCUCCAAAUAUUCGGAACCACGUAUAGUGUUGAAUAUGUAUAGAGAGCAUUCCUUUUAAGUUCA